UUUAUUCAAUGGUAAUGACAGCACUCUUUAAUUUUUAACAUAUCUCUGACAGCUUGUGUCAAAUUAAAAUGUCAACAGUGACCUUACGUGUUUUUUUAUUAUUAGAGUUUAGAAAUAUUAUUGCAAUACACGAUGAAAUUUAAAUCAUUUUCAGUCAAUCUACAGAUUUUAUCACAGAACAUAUGGUGCAGUGAACGGCGCAAUUAUGUUGUUUAUAGGUAGGCCUCACGAACCCGAAAACAUGAAGUGUGGUUGCAAAUUGAAAAUUAACACAAAAAUGAUCGUAGAUAGGUGUAAAACUGUGGUAAUCUUAUCAAGCGUGGUGUGUACCCUUGCCGUAGUUAUAUCUCUGCACAAAUUGUUAAACCAUGAAGCGAAAUUCGCGAAACCAUUUGCACCCAUACCAGAUGGCUUGUACGGAAACUAUUUGGAGCCUAUUCCUGAAGAGUCUCCGAGUCCUCCCCCACGGAAACCGUACGACAAGACUCGCGAUGCAGAAGCAGUUGUUUCUUUAAAUGCCGCAUUGGAAAUGAAAAAGGUUGGUAAAGAUGACAAAGCAUUGAAAUUAUUUCAACAUGCAUUUGCGCUAUCACCGAAACACGCAGACAUAUUGAAUCACUACGGAGAGUUCCUAGAAGACACUAAGAAGGAUAUAGUAAGAGCAGAUCAGCUGUAUACAUUAGCUUUAACAAAUUAUCCUGAGCACACUGGAGCAUUAGAAAACAGGCAGAGGACAGCCAGCAUUGUUGAGAAUUUAGACAGAGAGAUGUUAAGGAAGAUUGACGAAAAAAGGGAUGCACUGUCAUCCAUACCAGAGAGUAACUCAGCUUUACGGAGGGCUAAGAAAGAGGCUUAUUUCCAGCACAUAUACCACACUGUGGCUAUUGAAGGAAACACCAUGACAUUACAACAAACUCGGAGUGUAUUAGAAACUAGAGUAGCAGUGUCAGGAAAAAGUAUAGAUGAGCACAAUGAAAUCCUAGGUCUAGAUGCAGCAAUGAAGUAUAUAAAUUCAACAUUGUUGUACCGAUUACGAGCAAUCACAAUGGGUGACAUUUUAGAGAUACAUAAAAGGGUAUUGGGUCAUGUUGACCCCAUAGAAGGAGGCCAAUUUAGAAGGACACAGGUAUAUGUUGGGGGCCACAUACCUCCUGGACCCUCAGAAAUACAGAGGCUCAUGAUUCAGUUCCUAGAAUGGUUGAAUUCUGAGGAUGCCUUGGACUUGCAUCCUGUCAGAUAUGCAGCCUUGGCCCACUACAAGUUAGUCCACAUUCAUCCAUUCAUAGAUGGAAAUGGCCGCACAUCUAGACUGCUCAUGAACCUGCUACUGAUGCAGGCUGGGUACCCACCUGUGAUCAUUGCCAAGCAACACAGACAUCUCUACUAUCAGCAUCUACAAACUGCCAAUGAGGGUGAUGUACGCCCUUUUGUGAGGUUCAUUGCACAAUGUACGGAACGGACUCUAAACUUGUAUCUAUGGGCGACGAGCGAGUAUUCACACAUGGUGCCCGCCAUUGGCGAGCCGCACAUACUUACCGGCGAAGGGUUUGAAGAGGAUAUGCUAUGAACGUGACUGCGAAGAUGGCUACGGAUCAGGUAUAAAAAGAAAUGACACUACUCAAUAAAAAAAUUAAAUGGCAAUUGAGUUGUGUUUCUCUGUUGAUUCGUUAUAAUAGUAUUUAUUAAUUAAAUGUCUUGUUUAGAAGUCUGAUCAAUAAUAUAGUUAAGGCAUGUGACACAUAGGGUAUAUUUUCUUUUUGGAAGUGGUUAAUGAAUUCGGAAUGUCUUAGCCUUGAUACCUCAAUUUUAUCAUAACUUCGCCUAAUUGAUCAGCCUUUUACAACUUGGUUUUAGACGAAUUUUAUUUCAUGUAUCCUUGUUUAUAAUUAUUGACAUAAUAAUUCGUUUUGUGUAAAUACCACUUAAUUAUGAAAUGUGAUGCAUUUCAAUUGUAGCUUAAUUGUAGGAAUGUUUUCUUCCAUAAUAAUGAAUGCCUGCUGGCAGGUAGUUGUGUAGCCCUAUGGUCUCGCUACAACUGUAUUAUAUGGUACGAAAUCAAUGUAUGUAUGUACAAUGUCUUAUUAGAUACUUAAUUGGAUUCGAUUUUAUUUUUUGAGAAAUUGAUUUUUAAUAUGUUUAAAUAUUUUACAAAAUAUCGUGAAAUAUUUGCGUUGUAACACCAUUAUCUGGGCUACGAAUAAAUGAACUUAUUAGAAUAAUUUGUAUAAAAUAACCAAAGAGAUCGUCUUAUUUGAGUGGUCGCCGCAUUCCUUUACAUAGGAGUUGAGAUGUUAUAUACUUCUUUUCGAGAUUAUUAUCGCAAGAACCACAAUAGUGCUUCCACAAAUGUAUGGAUCCAUAAACGAUUUUAUUUCCUACGUAAUAAAAAAUGCUGAAUUCGUGAGUAUGGUCUAAUACCAGCAUUUAUUUUAUUUGAU